UUAAACUCACUCAUUCGUCUUAUUGAUCAGGAGAGUGGCUGGAGUCCUCGUCGUCACUGGUGCCAACAGACGCCAAGUGUAACACGCCACCGUGUGAAGAGACGGUUCCAAGUGUGGGGAUAAACACAAGUGAUAUGAGGAGUUGAGCCUCACGGUGCUACCAAAAACAGGACAGUUCCGGCUUACCUACAAGGCCCCGGUACAACAAAUGAGUUAACCAGCUUAUGGAUGCGUCGUCAGGGACCCUCAAAUAGGAAUUAAUUCUUCACCUGUAUGACAGAUUCAAACGGAAACUUACUGAGAUUAUGACUUAGCAGCGGAGCACGUGAUGGUUUUCACGCGCCCCUGAGACCAUAGGUGACUGAACUCAACAAGUCCCUUCCAGUCCCACAAGGGCAUCGACUGGUACAAAGGGGUUUUCCUGGAGAUGGCCUGUGCAGUGGUCAAUGUCACAGUGAAACGUGCCCGGCUUAUUGGUAACGCUGAACGUUUCAACAGCUACGUGACCCUCAAGCUGCAGAAUGUGAAGUCCACCACAAUCCAGGUGAAGGGGAACAACCCCUGCUGGGAGCAGGAGUUCCUGUUUGAGACCAUGCGGCUUGACACAGGCUUGAUUGUGGAGGUAUGGAACAAAGGAAUGUUAUGGGACAAACUGAUCGGACUCCACUGGCUCCCCCUCACCAAAAUACAUCACUCCAACCAGGAGGGGGAGGGAAAGUGGCUGUCCUUGGAGGCAGAGCUUAUUAUGCAGAACGGGGAAGUGGUUGGCACCCAACACCAAACGGGACACAACGUCCUCAUUGACGCUCGCUUUGAACUGCCAUAUGAUGUUGUUGCAGAUCUGCCUGAGGCAGAGGCCGCUGAGUUGCAAAACAAGCUCUUAGUCCUCAACACAAUGAACCAAGAGAUGCUUGCUUUACAAGAACAACCACGACGGCCACCAUCCUAUUCUCAGUCUGGCAUGUCUGAGGACAGUGACUAUACCAGCGAUGUCAACUUCCCCCUACAACACCAGCACAAUACAUCAGCACACCAAUAUCGAAGCCACCCGGACCAUCCCUACAGGUUGCGGGAGGAUCGUGACUACCCGCGCUUUGACUCCUUCGACCGCUCAUUUGACAGAGGGUUUGAACGUGAGCCAGACUACUACCAAGAUGGCAGCCUGUACCAACCAGGGCGCAGUGACACCGACUCAGAACCCCUAUACUACAAUAGUCGACCCAACAGUCGGCCUCAAUCUUUCAUUAACGACAGUAUGAUGAGCCCUCCCAGCCCAGCCAUGAGUCGUAACUCUUCCAUGAACAUGAGCCGUCAGAGCACCCAGGACUAUAGCCCUGUCAACAGCCGAGUGUCAUCAUCUAAUGUGAGUCGCCAGAGCACCCAGGAUUACUGCAAUGAUUCCUAUGAAGGAACUUACAACAACACAAGUCAAGAAAUGCCAUCAACAGCUCAGGUUCUGUGGCUCAAGGCCUAUGAUGGAGUCAUCACCCAACUAACUGAGAGUGGAUCACUGAUGGGAGGUGAUGGCGAGUACGGUGAUGAUGAUUAUCGCAACAAAUACUCUUGGUCACACCAUGCCAAUGGAGGCCCUCCAGAACACAACCCAUUCUACACCAGCAUAGACAGCAUGCCGGAGAUUAAGCCUCGCCGCAAGUCCAUCCCACUAGUCAGUGACUUGGUACUCAAGUAUACAUCCAGGUGGCAUAUCACGAGCAUGGCAGCCAAGAGAAAUGCAGGUGUGCCCUCAGCGAUGGUGGCUCGCCAGUCUCUUAAUGAUGAAGAACUGAAGAUGCAUGUUUACAAGAAAACCCUCCAGGCUCUCAUAUACCCCAUCUCCAGCACAACACCACACAACUUUGUUGUGUGGACCGCAACAUCACCGACAUACUGUUUUGAGUGUGAAGGACUGCUGUGGGGACUUGCGCGCCAGGGAGUGAGGUGCACUGAGUGUGGGGUCAAGUGUCAUGAGAAAUGCAAAGACUUGCUCAAUGCUGACUGUCUGCAAAGGGCAGCUGAGAAGAGCUCCAAGCAUGGAGCGGAGGACAAAACGCACAACAUUAUCAUGGCUAUGCGAGAACGGAUGAAGAUACGUGAGAAAAACAAGCCAGAUAUAUUUGAGCUCAUCAGGCAAGUGUUCAGUGUAGAUAAAAAGUCUCACUCUGGUCACAUGAAAGCUGUCAAACAGAGUGUGCUUGAUGGGACGUCCAAGUGGUCAGCCAAAAUAGCUAUAACUGUGAUAUGUGCCCAGGGCCUGAUCGGGAAGGACAAGACCGGAACCAGUGAUCCCUAUGUUACAGUGCAAGUUGGCAAAGUGAAAAAACGAACCAAAACAGUGCCUCAAGACUUGAAUCCUGUGUGGAAUGAAAAAUUUUAUUUUGAGUGCCAUAAUUCCUCUGACAGGAUCAAGGUCCGUGUGUGGGAUGAAGAUAAUGACCUCAAGUCCAAGUUACGCCAGAAAUUGACACGAGAAUCUGAUGAUUUCUUGGGCCAGACUAUUAUUGAGGUGCGAACUCUGAGUGGCGAGAUGGAUGUCUGGUACAACUUGGAAAAGCGGACUGACAAAUCCGCAGUAUCUGGUGCUAUCCGUCUCCACAUUAGUGUGGAGAUCAAGGGCGAAGAGAAGGUUGCCCCCUACCAUGUGCAAUACACCUGCCUUCACGAGAACCUCUUCCACUAUCUUUGUGAGCAAGCUGAGGGUGAGGUGAAGUUACCAGAUGCUAAAGGGCAAGAUGACGCAUGGAAAGUGUACUUCGAUGAACCAGCCCAGGAAAUUGUGGAUGAGUUUGCCAUGAGAUAUGGCAUCGAGUCCAUAUACCAGGCCAUGACUCACUUCUCCUGCCUGGCAACCAAGUACAUGUGUCCCGGCGUGCCAGCAGUCAUGAGCACGCUCCUUGCAAACAUCAAUGCCUUCUAUGCACACACGACGGCAACAACAGCUGUCUCUGCCAGUGAUCGCUUCGCUGCAUCCAACUUCGGGAAAGAGAAGUUUGUCAAGUUGCUGGACCAGCUGCACAACUCACUCCGGAUUGACUUGUCAAUGUACAGAAACAACUUCCCGGCAUCUGACCCAGCCCGCCUCCAGGAUCUGAAAUCCACGGUGGACCUACUCACUAGCAUCACCUUCUUCAGAAUGAAGGUGCAAGAACUGGCAAGUCCUCCCCGCGCCAGCACAGUUGUGAAGGACUGUGUCAUUGCAUGCAUUAAAUCAACGUACAAGUUUCUUUUUGACAACUGCUAUGAGCUCUACAACCGAGAAUUCCAGACAGACCCAUCAGAAUUACCAAACCCAGACUUCGAGGGCCCAAGUAGUCGAAGCCUGGACUUCUGGCACAAACUCAUUGCCCUCAUUGUAUCUGUCAUAGAAGAGGACCGCAACAGCUAUACUUCAGUGUUGAACCAGUUCCCUCAAGAGUUGAACAUUGGCCAAGUUAGUGCUGCCAUGCUGUGGGACCUGUUCUCUAAAGACCUCUGCUUUGCUCUGGAAGAUCAUGAGAAGGAGCCAAUCUGUAAGAGUUCGGAGUACAUGAACCUACACUUCCGGGUGAAGUGGCUGUACAGCAAAUACAUCGCUGAAGUGCCUCAGUGCAAAGGCACUGUCCCACAGUACCCUCAAUGGUUCGAACCUUUCGUCAUGCAGUGGCUCAACGAGAAUGAUGAUGUUUCAAUGGAGUAUCUUCAUGGUGCUUAUGAUCGAGACAAGAAAGAUGGUUUCCAGAAGAGUUCGGAGCAUGCACUGUUUUCCACAUCGGUCGUGGAUGUGUUCACACAGCUCAAUCAGUGUUUCGAUGUCAUCAAGAAACUGGAGUGUCCUGAUCCAGAAAUUGUCAAAAACUACAUGCGACGUUUUGCCAAGACUGUGAAUAAGGUCCUCCUAGCCUAUGCAGACAUUGUGAGGAGGGACUUUGAGAAGUACACAAACAGACAGAAAGUGGCCUGCAUCCUGAUGAACAACAUCCAGCAGUUGCGGGUGCAGCUAGAGAAGGUGUUUGAAUCUAUGGGCGGGGAGAAGCUGGAUCCCGAGGCUGGUGGCAUCUUGAAGGAACUCCAGCAGAAACUCAACAGCGUCCUGGACGACCUUAGCAGCAUCUUUGCCAAGAGUCUGGAGCCUCAGAUCCAGCAAAGCAUGAUUGAGCUGGGCCAGCUGCUGUCUAAGGUGAAGGGGGCGGGGCAGGUAUCAUUGUCCCAGCCCAGCCAGAGGACCAGCAUCCAGCAGGAAUCUGAUGCAGUCCUUAGACCGCUCAUGGACCUGCUUGAUGGAAGUCUGUCCAUGUUUGCACAAGUGUGUGAGAAGACCGUGUUGAAGAGGUUGCUCAAGGAGUUGUGGAGGAUCGUGAUGCAUACGAUGGAGAAGACGGUGGUUUUGCCACCACUCUCAGAUCCCAGACAGCUGUUGCCCAUUGCUGGAAAUGCACAGGCAAAGAUCGAGGAUAUGUCUCGCUUGUUGCUCAACCAUGUUAGUCAGAUGCCCGGCAACAACCCAAUGAAACAAGACAUGUCUAAAGAAGCUGAGAAGAACUUGAGUCCGAAGCAGUGUGCCGCUGACAUGGCCCUGGACACCAUAAAGCAGUAUUACCAUGCCAGCGGACAGGGACUGAAGAAGACAUUCUUGGACAAGAGUCCAGAGUUACAGUCUCUGCGAUAUGCACUUUCACUGUACACACAGACCACGGAUACGCUCAUUAAAACCUUUGUCAGCACACAGACGCAGCAAGUGUCCUUCUCAGACCAGCCAGGUGUGGCAGAUCCGGUGGGGGAGGUAUCUGUCCAGGUUGACCUCUUCACUCAUCCAGGGACGGGUGAACACAAGGUCACUGUGAAAGUUGUAGCAGCCAAUGAUCUGAAAUGGCAGACAACAGGAAUGUUCCGGCCGUUUGUUGAAGUUCACCUUAUUGGCCCACACCUCAGUGAUAAGAAGCGGAAGCAUUCAACCAAAUCCAAGAGUAACAACUGGUCCCCCAAGUAUAAUGAAACCUUCCAUUUUAUUCUUGGUAACGAAGAUGAGCCUGAUGCCUAUGAGCUACACAUAUGUGUGAAGGACUACUGCUUUGCCCGAGAAGACCGACUGAUUGGUGUUGCAGUGAUGCAGUUGCGAGACAUCGUGGAGCAGGGCAGUUGUGCCUGUUGGUGCUCGCUGGGACGACAGAUGCAGUUGAAUGAAACAGGAUGGACAAUAUUGCGUAUUCUCUCACAACGAACAAAUGAUGAAGUUGCGAAAGAGUUUGUGAAGCUAAAAUCAGAAUGUCGACACGCAGAAGAGAUGACAUGAUACCCAAUUUGCUCCAAUAGGUGAAGGUCAUAUCUAACUUGUAGUCCAAAGCCAAGGUCAUAUACAUUGAUUAUGCUGAGAGAUGUGAAGCCUGCUUCAACAUCUGUGUAAGGUCACGGCCUGUCCUUGUAUGCAAGCAUGCAGUUAAUAUAUACUAAUGAAAGGCGUCAAGGAAAACAUUGACAGGAAUCUCCACUUUUGGCUUGUCUCUCUUCUUCAUCACUCAUCCCUUCAUGUGGUAGAUGUAGACUGUAGAAGAACCAAGUGUAGACUGCCCCCCCCAGCCCUUCCGCGUCUGAAUAGUGUCACUCACUGUGAUUGGCCAUCCUGCAUCUGACUAGUAUCACUUGCUGUGAUUGGUCCUCCUGCUUCUGACUAGUAUCACUCAUUGUGAUUGGUUGUCUUGUUUCUGGUGGACAACUGAUGUUGCUCAGUGAUAUACCGAGCUUUGUUUCAACUGAUGCUGUGAAGACGGCUGUGAUUGGCCCAGCUAUGUUUCAACUGACGCUGUGAAGACGGCUGUAAAUUGACCCAGCUUUGUUUCAACUGACGCUGUGUCCUCCCUUGCUGUGAUUGACCCAGCUGAAUUAUCCAUCAGAGACCAUGUGUACAGAUGUGUAGGAAUUCAUCCUUUGUUGUAUAAAGAGCGCCAGAAUAUUUCUGUACAUACAAUUUGUUUUUCUACAAUACUGUAGAUGAUUGUAAAUCUGUGUACAAACUGGUUGUUUUUUAAGAGUUUUUUAGAAACAAAUCAUGCAUGCAUUUUAAUUUGCCAAAGUAAGAUUGAAUUCCUUGAAGGUACUAUAUUUUUAUGUGUAUGUAUAUGGAACUGUGAAAUGUGCUUCCACCCCAGGGAGCUUGCGGAGAUGAUUGCCAUACUUGCAGCAGUAGCAGAAUCAACAACCAGUAUCUUAUACACUUUGUAUCUGUGAUUGGUGAUCAGAGAAAUAUUUUAAUUAUAGGUAGGUUUGCAAUUUAUAGAUGGUUUUAAGCAAGAUGGAUACACAUAUCCAGGUCAGUUGUGAUUUUUGCUUUGCAGUUACAUUUACAAGGUAAUGAUGGAGACUUUGGUCAUGAUGUAACCAUGGACCCAUGUUUUAGAUGCAAGUAAGGACCUUUAUGUCAGAUGUAACUAAAGACGUUUGUGUCGGAUGUAACUAAAGACCUUUGUGUCAGAUGUAACUAAGGACCUUUGUGUCAGAUGUAACUAAGGACCUUUGAGUCAGAUGUAACUAAAGACCUUUGUGUCAGAUGU